AUGCCCAGAGGACAGAAAGCAGGAGGCGUUAAGCGCGUGGUUAGGCGCAAGAAUGCAUGGACCGUUGAGCAGUACUCUGUGCUUUACCUACUGUACACCCAGUGGCAAUUUCAUCCCUCUAACGCCAGAAGAAGUGUAAUCAGGGCGCUAAGACAGACGGUCGAGCGACUCUUUAUUCACAUCUUUCCAGAAUUCACCUACCCUAACGACGACACGAACAAAGCUCAGCAUCUCUUCACGACUUUCAACGACCGCCAUAUUGAUGAGAAGAAGCCUAUUCUCUGGCGUACGAUCUCACGACCGAAUGACUUCAAUGGCCAGGUCUAUGAUCUUGACGAGCUCAAAGAGUUUCUCAGAUUGAAAAGAAUCAUUGAGCACGCGGCUCGAGAGCUGGGAAUCGGCCUCUUCGGAAGCGGCGCUACUCAUCCGUUCGGCUUCUGUGCUGAUGAAGACAAGCCGAUCAUCAAUUCACUUUUGGCAGCCACAGGGGACGAACAACUUGUCGUCGCACCUACGACAUCUGCAAAAGGCGACCAACACCCACUUGCAGACCCGUCGAUGGCAACCACGGACAGCCCAGCAGUACCCAAUUUCGAGAAUGACCACUGUGUCGAUGCGGCCAGGUCAGCUAGCACCGCCGGAACUAGCGUCGCAGCACGCCGACUCGCAGUGGAAGAAUUGAGGAAAGAGACCGCUGAAAAGGUCCGGAGCCUAGAGUUGAGGGUAGCAGCAAAGAAGGCUGAAACAGCACGAAGGAAACAGCGAAGAAAGAGGGCAAAGAAGAGAGACGAAGAGAGGCGAGGGUGCGAAGAGACUGUGGAGAGUGGCGGACGUGAUGAUCGCGAGGAAUUGGGAAAAUGGGAUCCAGGCGUUUAG